GCUUUCCAGCCAUUUGGCCAGACUGUUUUUUGCUGCAGUGAGCGGCAGCAGUGGAGAGAGAGACGCGAGAAAGGCGCUUGGAAAAAAAAAAGGGGGGAGCAAAAGCACCACAAAAAAACAAAAAAAACAACAAAACAACAAAAGACACAAGAAGGAGGAUUUCUUCGCCAGAAAGAGUUGGAUAACAGACUGGGUGGAAAAAAGGAAGGAGCUUCCACAAGCAAAGAACAUCAUCACCAGGGAAGCCAAGUGGAGACAAGGAGGUGGAACGUAACGGUCGCCCUCCUCUGGGAUUCCACCCCCCCUCCUGAGCUCCUGGCAGCCCCUCCUUCGCUUGAGAUUUCAGCGUAAACAAGCAGGAUCUGUGCGCCCAACCAUGGCUUUCCCAUCAGCCCCUGCUCCGUUAUGGAUUGCCGGCCUAAUGACGCUAGCCUUUGCAGCUGCAGUUCACAGCAACGUUGUCUUUGACGACGACCCAUUGCAGCCCGUCACUUCCGACGAGAUGGUGUCGGUGGGCGGCACGGUCAAGCUGACCUGCCGGGUGGCCGAAAGCGACAACUCAUCCCUGCAGUGGUCCAACACGGCUCAGCAGACGCUGUACUUUGGAGAGAAGAGAGCUCUGCGAGAUAACCGCAUCCAGCUGCACCGCUCCACACCGACCGAGCUCUCCAUCACCAUCUCCGAGGUGCAGCUGUCCGACGAGGGCGAGUACACCUGCUCCAUCUUCACCAUGCCGGUGCGCACCGCCCGGGCCACCGUCACCGUGCUAGGUGUGCCAGGAAAACCUCACAUCUCUGGAGUAGAGAAUCCAGUGCAGGAGGGGGGUACCGUCACCCUGACCUGUACCAGUACGGGCAGCAAACCCCCCGCCAGGCUGCACUGGUUCCGUGGGGACGAGGAGCUGGAAGGCCGCCCGGACGUGGUGGAGUCGGUUCCGGAUGAGCCCACGUACAACGUUAGCAACGAGUUGACGCUGGAGGUGAGCCGCAGUGACGACAACCAGGUCAUCACCUGCGCCGUUGACCAUCCCUCCCUGGCACCGGGGGACAAGAGGAGUGAACACGUCCUGAGAGUCUUGUAUUCCCCGAACGUUCAGAUCCUGCCUGAGAGCGAUCUUCCUCGCGAGGGGGAGAAGUUUCAUCUCCAGUGUUUGGGCAACAGCAACCCCGAGCCGUCGUCCUACAGUUGGGAAAAGAAAGAUGGAGAGCUCCCCCCGCUGGCUAAAGCCAAUGGUGCAUUCCUGCGUUUUGAAAUGCUGAACAAAUCGGACAACGGCGUGUACCUGUGCUUCGUCGACAACGGCAUCGGGAGCAGCGUUGGGGAAUACACGCUGCUGGUGCAAGACCCGUACACCACGUUGGUGUCUGCGACCUCUUCUCCUACAUCGCCGUCCUCUUCCUUCGCGACUGAUUCCGCUUCCUCCUCCACCAUUGUGGAACUUUCGUCCGCAACGUUCCAGUCUGAGAGCACCACCAUGCUCUCCAACGACCUUUUCCCCGACCUCACCUUCGCGCCUGACUCCUCCCAUACUUCCUCUCCGACUCCGCCUCCCUUCACUGCAAGCGUGGACGCGUGGAAGCCUUCCUCCCCUUGUCCUUCCUCCGCUUGUCCUUCCUCCCUCCCCACCUCCUCCACAUCCUCAGUUUCCGACUCGCAGAACGGACUUUUCACUUCCACAGCUGCUGAGAACAUUGCAGACCCCACCGCCAUGUCCACCUCGUCAGGCGUGGACCACGCCGUGAUCGGAGGUGUGGUGGCUGUCAUCGUCUUCAUCCUGCUCUGCCUCCUCAUCGUCCUCGGAAGAUACCUCAUCAGACACAAAGGAACAUAUUUGACCCACGAGGCCAAAGGUUCCGAUGACGCUCCAGACGCCGACACGGCCAUCAUCAACGCAGAGGGCGGGCAUUCCGGAGCGGAGGACAAGAAGGAGUACUUCAUCUAAUUAGUAGGGAGGAAGAAAGGAUGGAAGGAGUGAAGGGAGCAGGAGAGGAGAGAAGGAACGAACAAUCUUGCAUUUGUUUUCACGCCAUUCAGUCGAAGAAGGGGCGGUGGGGAGGAAGAGGGGGGGGGGGGUCCUCUGCAUCAAUACAGGGAUGUGAGAUUUGCACUGACACACACACACACACACACACGCAGAGCGUCACAUUAACCAACACGCCUCCUACUAACCUAUGAAUUAUUAUUAUUAUUAUUUAUAUUAUUUGGAUUCCACAUUUUUUCUAACCAGCUCCAAAAUUGUAACUCACAUUCCGACUUCCUGAGCUGCUACACCACGUCACUAACCCGCCCGGCCGCUACCCCAAGACCGACAUCGCCCGUAACGACCUUGCUACCGAGCGGUCGGUCGGAAUGCUAACAGGCCCUCCAUGUACGUAUGAAUAUAUCUCUAAAUAUCUAUAAAUAUAGAAUUGUUUGUAUGGACAGAAGGCUGUAAAUAAGAACACUACUCAUGUACUUCCCUUCCUCCUUCAAUACUCGUAUUGCCUGGUUUUCCUACUUGAGUACUACAGACCAUACAAAACAAGAUGCUAAUAAGAAGUACCAACAAAGGCGUUGCAAUGUAAACUAACUUUAAUAUUUCUAAAAGGACUUCUGUGUUUUUUUUUUAAUUCCUUCUCGGGAUGUGAGAGUUGUCUCAGUGUUUACACUUACAGUCAUCAUACCCGUGUUCGAUUCCCAAGUUCGCAGGAAAAACGUUGUUCCGAAUAAGGCCUACGGCCGUCUGGACAAAAAAGGAUUCCCAUCAGCAAAUCGUGUCACUGGAAGCACUGGCAGAGGCGGGUCUUGGCAAGGCGCAGCGUGAUGGAAAUAGAUGGCAAUCUCGCUAAGAGGCUGCAGCGGGGGCCGCAGACGGGUGGCGGGCUCCGUGCCAGGCUUGCGGGUGCCUAGCCUGAAAGUUGUCCAAGAACUUUUAUUUAACGUCCUCGUCUUUUUUUUUUUUCCUGCGCUUGCGUUCAUCCAUUUCUUUUCAUUCCUUAAUCAAUCAGAUUGUCUGAGUCCUUGUUCACCUUCAAAGCCGCCCCCACCCCGCUCCCCCAAGCUUCCAUAUAGGUGAUUGAUGUGUUUGCAAACAUGCUCCUUAUGGACGCUUCAAGUGAUCAGUUAGUUGUCUACCUUAGCAGGACAAUUGGUCGCUUCCAGGAACCACUUUGGGAACGUUCCCCAGUGUCCCAACACUGGGUUUUUUGGGGUGGGGGGGUGUUCAGGGAUUCUUCUUGUACCCCUAAAUAACAUUUGCAAGCUGGCUGUCUCUUACUUGUUGGGUUAUCCCGAUGUUCAUAACAUCUGCAGGCCAGAGGAUGCAUACGCUUUUUGUCCCACAACCCACUUCCUGGCCCCACCUCCGCCCCUUGCCCCAGCCCCAUGGGGGUCUGUUUAAAGACAAGAAGCAUAUCUGCGUUGUCCUCCCAAGCAUCGUAGCGUCGUUGACAAAACUAAUGGACCUAUAUUUGCCUGUAAUUGGUUGUCCCGUCCUUCGUCUUAUAGCUAAUGUGCUAGCAUGUAGCUUGCAUGAGAACCUGUGGAUGAUGUUAGAUAGUGUGGGUGACGUGUCAAGGGGAAGCGACAAUGUCUCUCGGGGGCAAGGGGGCGGGCACAAAAAGUCAUCCUUCCAUCCUCUGAUCUACAGCGGGCACAAGAGGUUACUGUAAGAUGUCUGGCAGAACACACAUAAAAAAAAGGAGGACGUGAAUAUUCACCUUCCGGUGCGUCCGUUGCAGUGUUGAGCAGUCGCCACUAGGUGUCAGCAAAGAGCAGCUUUUCUUUGUGUACAUUUAAGUUAUGUCCUCACAUUGACUUGAUAAUCAUUCCUUUUUUUUUUUUUUUUAGAUAUUUAGAUGCUCCAAAACUUGAACGUUAGACAUUUAAACAUUUUAUUUUUUGUAUCUGUGUAUAUAGUCUUGCCUUUACUGGAUACUAGCGUGCACCCAUACACUCUUUAUGUGUGUAGGAGUGUCAAGUGUGUGUUAUCGACCCAAACAGGCGCAUUUUAGUCUUUGUUGCUAGUGUCAUUUUUUUUUUAAUGACAAGUCUUCUUCUUUCAUAUCACAUGACAAAUACACCUGUCAUGUUUGUUCAUUGUUACCAUGACGAAUGAGGAUGAGGAUGAUGAUGAUGUCACUAUAAAGGCGAGUCCCAGCCAGCCGCAUGCUGUGGUGGCUUUGCCGAUGUUGGUUAUUAUGUUUAAAUUGUACUUAAUUUGCUUUUUUUUCCUUUUGGGGGAUUUUAGUUGAUUUUGUUUAGUUUCAGUUUUGGUUCAAAUACCAGUUUGGUUGUUGACUUCAAUAAAGAUGCAAUUGGGUUAAUUUCA